CUCACCUGCCGCAGGUGUGCGUCCCGGGCGGGCCCGGCGCGCGGCCGCCCCUCUGCUCCGGCGGGGCCCAGGGCAGCCCGCGAGCGGGGAGGCCGCGCCUCCUCCCGGAACUGGCCGGCGCGGCGCGGCGGGCGGAGCGGCGGCGCCGGGGCAUGGAGCCCCUUCCCGCGGCCGGGGCCCCGACGGGCGAGGAGGAGCCAGAGCCGGGGCCGGGGCGGCGGGGCGGCCGGGCAAGCCGCACGGCGUCCCUGGUGAGCGGGCUGCUUACCGAGCUCUACAGCUGCGCCGACGACGAGGCGGCGGCCGGCGGGGGCCGCGGGCCCGGGGGGCGCCGCGACAGCCCCGACAGCUCCACCGAGGCCUCGGGCUCCGACGCGUUCCUGGGCGGCCGCGGCGGCGCCGGCGACUCCCGGCUGCUGCAGGAGCUGCAGGAGCUGCAGGGGCGGCCGAGCCCGCGGCGCCAGAGGCAGUACCUGCGGCAGAAAGACACUAAUGAACUGAAGACGAUUCUUCGAGAGCUGAAGUACAGAAUUGGCGUUCAGUCGGCGAAGUUACUGCGGCAGCUGAAGCAGAAGGAUAGGCUUCUGCAUAAAGUACAGAAGAACUGCGAUAUUGUGACUGCAUGCCUGCAGGCCGUGUCGCAGAAGAGAAGAGUUGACACAAAGUUGAAGUUCACUCUUGAGCCAUCUUUAGGUCAGAAUGGUUUUCAGCAGUGGUAUGAUGCCCUCAAGGCGGUUGCCCGACUGUCGACAGGGAUCCCAAAGGAAUGGAGGAGAAAGGUUUGGUUGACCUUGGCCGAUCAUUAUUUGCACAGUAUAGCGAUCGAUUGGGACAAAACCAUGCGCUUCACUUUCAAUGAAAGGAGUAAUCCUGACGAUGACUCAAUGGGAAUUCAGAUAGUCAAGGAUCUUCACCGCACAGGCUGCAGUUCCUACUGUGGCCAGGAGGCCGAGCGGGACAGGGUUGUGUUGAAACGGGUUCUGUUGGCCUAUGCCCGAUGGAACAAGAAUGUUGGGUACUGCCAAGGCUUUAACAUCCUGGCUGCACUAAUUCUGGAAGUGGUGGAAGGCAACGAAGGGGAUGCCCUGAAGAUUAUGAUUUACCUUAUUGAUAAGGUGCUUCCUGAAAGCUAUUUCGUCAAUAAUCUCCGGGCGCUGUCUGUGGAUAUGGCCGUCUUCAGAGACCUCCUGAGACUGAAGCUCCCUGAAUUGUCUCAGCACCUGGACACUCUUCAGAGAACUGCCAACAAGGAAAGUGGAGUCGUCAGUUCUGAAGAAUUGUGGAGUGCUGGUUUUCUUCCAGGUGGAUAUGAGCCCCCGCUGACGAAUGUCUUCACCAUGCAGUGGUUCCUCACUCUCUUUGCUACGUGCCUCCCUAACCACACAGUUUUAAAGAUUUGGGAUUCAGUCUUCUUCGAAGGUUCGGAAAUCAUCCUAAGGGUGUCACUGGCGAUCUGGGCAAAAUUGGGAGAGCAGAUAGAAUGUUGUGAAACAGCAGAUGAAUUCUACGGCACCAUGGGGCGCCUCACCCAGGAGAUGCUGGAGAAUGACCUUCUGGAAAGCCAUGAACUCAUGCAAACUGUUUAUUCUAUGGCUCCAUUCCCUUUCCCCCAGCUGGCAGAAUUGAGGGAAAAAUACACCUACAACAUUACUCCAUUCCCAGCCGCAGUUAAAUCCACCUCAGUUUCUGGACGACAUGGUAAGGUCAAAGACAGUGAUGAAGAGAAUGACCCAGACGAUGAAGAUGCUAUUGCUAAUGCAGUGGGAUGUCUUGGACCUUUCAGUGGGCUCCUUGCACCUGAACUGCAGAAGUUCCAAAAGCAAGUGAAAGACCCAAAUGAAGAGCAGAGUCUGAGAUCUAAUAACAUUGCCGAGCUGAGUCCGGGAGCAAUCAAUUCCUGUCGAAGUGAAUAUCACGCUGCUUUUAACAGUAUGAUGAUGGAGCGCAUGACCACAGAUAUCAACGCCCUCAAGCGGCAGUAUUCUCGCAUUAAAAAGAAGCAGCAGCAGCAGGUUCACCAGGUGUAUAUCAGAGCAGACAAAGGGCCAGCGACCAGCAUUCUCCCGUCUCAGGUAAACAACUCUCCGGUUAUAAACCACCUUCUUUUAGGAAAGAAGAUGAAAAUGUCCAACAGGGCUGCGAAGAAUGCUGUCAUCCAUAUGCCUGGUCACACAGGAGGCAAAAUAUCUCCUGUCCCCUAUGAGGACCUCAAGACGAAGCUCAACUCUCCAUGGCGAACUCAUAUCCGAGUCCACAAAAAGAACAUGACGAGGAACAAGAGUCAGCUGGGCUGCGGGGACACCGUGGGACUGAUAGAAGAGCAGAAGGAGGGCUGCAAGGGGACAGCAGAGGCGUUUCCCUCCAGUUGUGCAGCGACAGCCCGGAGAGAAGGCGGCAGCUCCGAGGACAGCACGGGGAGGACAAUCGAGGGGCAGUCUCCGGAGCCGGUGUUUGGGGAUGCUGAUGCCGACGUGUCUGCAGUUCAGGUGAAGUUAGAAGCCUUGGAACUGGGCCAAGGGGCUGCUGCUGCUGAAACUGAGCCCAGGGUGCACCCGCCCCGCCCACGGCCCUGCCCGGAGCCCUCGGAGCCCCCUGCAGAAAACAAAGCCACCAGCAAACCUCCUCAAGGCGGCCACCCGAAAACCCCCAUCUUCAGCCCCUUUCCCAGUGUCAAGCCGCUGCGGAAGUCAGCCACCGCCAGGAACUUGGGAUUGUAUGGUCCUACAGAAAGAACCCCGACUGUGCACUUUCCUCACAUGAGCAGGAGCUUCAGCAACUCCAGCGGUGGGAACAGUGGCACCAAGAAACGGUGAUGUCGCCCAGAAACUAUGAUGUCUCCCAGAAACUCUGUGUCUAGAUUCACAUUUUCAUGGUGGUGUGAGGCUGAAUGGCUCCAAAAGUGUUUCCAUUGUCCAGUGAAAAUGAGUAGUCAGGUUCAGAGAUGAGCAGCCGUGUAUAAACACGGGAAUUGGAAGUUUUAUAACCAGAGCAAGAAUAGGGACCUUUUCCCAUCCACUGAUAAGUGAUACAGUGGAUUCUUGUGGCAAAAUAAAUAUUGUGGUUUUAAAGUGUGAAGUUUUUCCAAGUUUUCAUUGUGAGCUGUUUAGAAAAGAGGAUGUGUCUAGACUGUUAACCCCUCUUCCUUAUUCCUGUUCGGGGGGCCUUCAGGGUCCCUGUGACAACACCCCCAAACCUUCCAGUUCUCUGGGUGUUGUUAGUACUCAAGCAUGCACACACUAGCUUGUAAAAAGAAAGUCAGAUUCUUAGUUGCAGAAACUUCCAACCUCCCUCUUGAUGCCCUGUUGGGGGGAAUGUUGUGUGUGUGAAUUUUCCUUGAGUAGUUUCCUUUAGCCAAUCUCAAAAUUAUUUUUUAGUCUUAUGCUAAAGUGCAGAAGAAAAAUCUAGAUAGCCUUUCUUUCCCUUUCUAUUUCUACCUGUGAAAUGAAGAAAACCGUUAAUCUCUUGAAAUUGAGGUUGAUCACCGACCUGAAGAUCUCAUGCAGAGUACACAGAUGGGAAAUGCAUUGAGCGAUCGCUCUGACCAGCUUGCUAAUUCCACUGAGCUUUCCCUAAGGAUCAUUGUCUCCUCAUAAGGAGAGUUUGGUCCUCGGUGGUGGGAUGACACAAUGGGCUCUACAUGGAGCUUUCCUGCAUCCUCCACCAUGCAACUCAUUGACCUACCAGCUCCCCACCGCAGAUGCUCUGCUCAAAGCUAGAUCGCGGGACCUGCAACUUUGUUACUUGAAUUUGUGCUUUUUUUGAUUAGAGUACUUCGUUAAGUACUUUGUUACUUGAACACUGCCUUUCUCCGGAGAGGGCGUUAGUGCUUUCUAGCUCUCUCUCACCCACUCCUCCCGGUCCCAGUGGGUCAGAGAUGUGCUGUUAUCUCCACUAUGCAGAUGGGAGCUCUGAGCCACGCAAGGUGAAGUAGCACUUCAGAUACUCAAGGUAAAAACUCCCAGGACUCCAUGUGAUUUAGCCACGUUUCCUGCAGCACAAUAGCCGGGUCUAACGCUCCUUGUACACAGAUGCAUUAGCUCCAUAGGUUCUAGAAACCAAGACUGGAAGGCCAUUCGCUAUACUCCCUCCCGACUCAAAGGACCUUUCUCCGGAUGGUACAGAGUCCUGUGAUGGCAUUUCACAAGACCAGCUCUGACCUUCUUCCCUGAAAAGGUGGUUCGUUUUUAAAAUGCUUCAUGCGGCUGUCAUUUGGCUGAGCAAAAGGCUCACUCCUCAGUCCCCUUCUCCCACCGUGGUUAGAAGAAUAGACACAGCAUCUUUACCCUCGUCUCUGGAAGACCUUGCCGUGCUUGCCAGCAUAUUGUUGAUGCAGUCAAUAUUAAUUUGAGCUAAUUGAAUUGCUAAUUCUGAAACCAAAGCUAUAGUUUUAGAGAGGGCUUUUACUAUGAGAGGUACUAAUUUUUAUAAUAAAACAGAGAAUGUGGUUGUGUGGGCUUUUUUGAACGGAAAACACCAGAAUGACAUAUACAGUCAGAAAAGCCAUCUUAUCUCUUUCAUGGUAUUUUUACCCCCAAAGGAACUAAAGAUGGGAAAUAUGACUAAUAAGUUAUUGCAGCUUUCGUCUUGAAUUCUUUGUCCUCUGAAGUGAGCAUGCAGUCUUGCAAAGCUGCCACGCCCACAGCCCGUGUCUUGGGAAGGGAGUAGGUGGAGAGUGGGGGCGGCUUUGCAUGCCCCCCUGGGAACGAGACCCACUGCAUUUUCCAAAGUUAAGCAAAUGACAUGAUUUUCUUCCAUCUGUUAAACUUUACAGAUAAGAAUGAUUCUACUUUAUAUUCUUUUCUCCUCCCCCGUCCCAAAUGAGUCAGAAUAGUCACGUUCCCCUUGAAGGAUAUCUGACUUGAAUAGAGAAUUGUUCUUUCCUCUCUCGAGUCAGCUCCCAGCUCCCGGAAGGUCAGGGUUCAGGGAGGUGGGUAAUGGGGGUAAGGGGCAGUCACUACAGUCCUUAGGAUGGCGCCACUGUUGUCUACCAGCUAUCUUAGUGUUAGCAGCACAUGCCGUAUCUGUUUCCCAGCGUUGGUCUUCCUGAGAAGGCGAUGGAUGAGAUGGCGCAUGGUUUGGGAUAAGUAUUUCUCGAAUGAAUAACUUAAAGGAUAACAGUCCUUUGAGGUACAAAUGACCUUGUGAGGAUGUUAAAAACCGACAGAUUCCAAUUAAAGCGCUCUCUGUACCAAUAACGUGCUUGCAUCGUACCAUGUACUCACAGUGUGCAUGGGUCAAUUUGUGAGCCUUGCCUGCUUUAGGAAAUAAAGAGACCUGCCGUACCUUCCAGCACACAGCACAUGCAAGGACCUGUAUGGACUUGUGAUCUUCUCUGCCUACGGGACAAUGUGUGCAGGCACCAGAAGUCCUCACCAAGUCGCAGGUUCUUUAUUUUUAGCUAUGUCUGCACCCUGUCAGUAGUUAAGCUGGGGGUAGACUCCUUCAGAUGCCUCUGCACCUCAGUCCUCUUACAAAACUCUCCAGAGGAUCUAAACCUAGUUCGUAAUGUCAACCUAUGGGCUGUAACUGUUUGGAACAUUGUAUUCCUUUUUUUGUCUCUUCUUGUUCUGAAGAUCUGUACUGAUUGCAAAGACACAUAAAGAUUCCCGUUGUCGUA